AUGAUCAAUUACACCUUCCCAUCACUGUCCCCAAUGAAUGCUGGAGAGGAAUAUUACGGAAUGGACAAUGGAACUGUUCUCUCUAACGAUAGCUACACUGAUAAUGAUUCUGGAUUGACAUUACGACAUUAUAUAUAUUAUUUAUUUUGCUUUUUAAUCAGCAUUUUGGGGCUUUGGGGAAAUGGGACUGUCAUCUGGCUGCUUGGCUUCUGCAUUAAGAGGACUUCUUUCACCACUUAUAUCCUGAACCUCUCCAUGGCUGACUUUGGUUUACUGACAGUUACUCUUAUUUUGGCUAUAUUGUUCCUGUUAGAAGUAUAUGUCCAGAAACACCUUCUAGUUGACAUUCUUUAUCUUAUCUUCAUAUUCUUGUACAGCACGGGUCAAUUUCUGCUGACAGCCAUCAGCAUUGACAGGUGUGUGGCUGUCCUUUUCCCACUUUGGCAUCGAUGCCACCGACCACCAAAUAUGUCCACCACUGUGUGCACCUUAAUAUGGGUAUUUUGUUUCCUUUCCCCUGCAAUUCACCUCACACUCUCCCUGGCUAAUUUACAAUCUGGUGAUAUCUUUAACAUUCAGUUUGUUGUGAAUGGCUUCCUUUGUCCUUCACUCAUGACUAUCUCUGCUCUCCUCCUCUUCAUCAAAGUCUGCUUUAAAUCACACCAGAGGAGGCAGGGUAAACUUAUAGCAGCCAUCUUGUUGGCUCUCCUCUUCUUCAUCGUUUGUUCUUUUCCACUCAAUGCCCUUUUCAUCACUUUUUUUGUUCUUGAUUCAGUGCCUUCUUCUUUCUUACACUAUGCCUCCAUACUUGCCUGUGUGAACAGCAGUGUUAACCCUUUGAUUUAUUUCCUGGUUGGAAGACAGAAAAGAGGCAGGUGUAGGCAGAGCAUGAAAGCCACAUUCAAGAAUGUUUUCAAAGAGGAUGAAAACCCUGCAGAGGCAGGAGAGAUCUCUUUGGAAACUCAGUUAUGA